UCGUCGCUCCUAUAUACCCUGUAUACCAAUUACAAUGUUUACACAUGUUUUUAUCAAAUAUAUUAUUCUUUAAUGUUACAUGAACAGUUUGAAACUUUAAUACACAAUGGCUCUCGCAAACAUAUCUGGUAUUCCUGAUAAGCAUUGGCAGCCUCCUCUCGUUGCAUUUGAAACGACAAUGGGAGAGAUAAUUAUUGAAUUAUAUUGGAAACAUGUCCCGAUUACCUGUAGAAAUUUCGCCGAACUAACGAGACGAGGAUACUACAAUGGAACCAAAUUUCACAGAAUUAUCAGAGACUUUAUGAUACAAGGCGGCGAUCCCACGGGAACAGGAAAAGGAGGAGUGUCGAUUUACGGAGAAUGUUUCGAUGACGAGAUUCAUGACGAUUUAAAACACACGGGUAUGUUUGUUAGUGCCGGAGUAGUUUCGAUGGCUAAUUCUGGUCCAAAUACCAACGGAUCUCAGUUCUUCAUAACCUUGGCUCCCACUCAGUGGUUGGAUGGAAAACAUACCAUUUUAGGAAGAAUUCACUCGGGUAUGGCGAUAGUGAAGAGAAUUGGUUUGGUAGAAACGGACAAGAACGAUAGACCUGUUGAUGAUAUAAAAAUCGUGAAAGGAUCGAUAAGGAAUUCUUGAAUAACGUGUAACAUGUAUAAGAAUGAACAGAUUGAUAAUAAACGUAAAUUGUUGUCAGCCCUC